AUGGACGAAAUCAAGGAGAAACUGCCGUACGACGUCGUCGAAAUCAUCCUCUCUCGACUGCCGUCCAAGUCUCUCUUGAGAUUCAAAUCCGUCUGCAAGUCAUGGAACGCCACAAUCUCCGGCGAAAGAUUCGCCGGGGUUCAUCUCCGGCAAUCCCGACAGAGCUCCGGCAACCAAGAUAUCUUCUUCUGGUGCGAGGUCCCACGCUUCACAGACUAUUCCCAAGUAAUGGUCACCAAAAUACCUCAACAUAUAAGGUCAAAGAUGAAACUUGAACAAUUGGAGCACGAACAAAAACUCGAUCCGAGGGUUUUGUGCUAUUGCGACGGUUUAGCUCUUCUGCGAUACGGCAAACUUCUUUACAACCAGUACGGCAAACUUCUGAACAACCACUACGUGCUAUGCAAUCUAUCCGCUGGGACCCACGUCGAGUUCUACUGCCCUUACGACGAAAUAUCAUACAGCUGGCAUAAAAGGGUUUACGGAAUCUGCUACGAUCCGUCCAUUAAUGACUACAAGGUGAUAAUUAUCGACUACGAGCGCUACGCGAUAUACUACUGUCGAGCCAUGCAGUGGAGCGAGAUUAGAGAAACCCGGGAUGAAUUUUUGGGUGGUGGAUUAUUUAUUGGGAAAAGCGUGUCUUUGAACGGCGACUUGUAUUUUAUGCUCAAAACCGUGGAAGAUCGCGGUUAUGGUAUCAAGAUAGUCGGGUUCGAUUCGGUCAACGAAAAGUUCAAGAGAUUUCCCGAGCUGACGUAUGGGAGAAAAGAUAGCUUGUUCAUGUACAUGACUUGUGUGGGGGGCUACCUUUAUGUGUGCUUCAACAAUAGCCGUUGUCAGAUGAUUAAAGUCGGAGGCGGAGAAAAAGAAGAAGAGUUGAUGUGGGUCGAUUUAAACGGUAGGCCACCGAAUUCCGAGCAAGUCGAGUGCGAUAUGGCUUCCAAUAUUCAAGAAUAUGUGAAUGUACUUGCCUUCGACCGCAUUUAUUGUAUUAAAACGGGCUAUCAGCAAAUCCCGUAUCUGGAAAAUCUGUUUAUCAGCGAACCAAAAAGAAAGGGAGGUAAGAAAAUCAUCACCAGUUGUUGA